AUGGGUCACGGAGAGCUUGGACCACAGGAGGAGACAAUCUCAGAGCUGAGGCGACAGCUGAUUGGUCGACAGGAAGUCCGAGGGUUCAUCGUGGAGGGAUUCCCUCGAGAUGUCCACCAGGCUCUCUGCUUUCAGGAACAGAUUGGCUCUCCUGAUGUGGUGAUGCUGCUGCUCUGCUCCAAUGAGACGCUGCGCUGUCGUCUGCAGCGACGAGCCGCUCAGCUCGGUCUCCUAGGAGACAACAGCCACGCCCUCCGGAGACGCCUGGAGGCGUUUCAGAGAGACGCCGUGUCCGUCAGGAGAUACUACAGACAGCUACACCUGCUGACCCAGGUGGAUGGAGAUGCAGACGAGGACGUGAUCUUUGCUGAUCUGAGUUCAGUCAUCAGAGAAAAACUAAAGGAUUCAGGAAUGUUCAUGAAGACACGUCAGGAGAUAAAGAGACCCAAAUAGACUGAAGGGGGACAGAGAGAGACAAGGACAG